AUGAUCGCGAUUAGUGCGAACACUCAUCAGAUAACGAUAGUCGCAUUCGCGCUCGCUUCCGAUAGCGAAUUGGAAGCCCCAGACCACGGUACCAACCCUGGUUUCCCAUACAGCAGAAGAGAGGACAGUAUCUUUACCCUUCAAGCGACAAACAAUGUUCCCGCAGUAUCAUUCUACGGUGACUCCGGUCGCUGGCUUCUGAGCAGCUGCAUUGAUGGCAAGACAUCGAUGUGGGAUUUGUAUACCAAGAAAGAGGUGGCUACAUUCCAGUUAGGCUGGUGCGCCAGCGCAAGCGAUCUCUCGAAGCCGCCUCGUUACAUAUCUCACAGAUUCCUGUGCGACUGUCCGGGCGCGCAAAAUGUUCUCCACGGGGCAUGGGGUACUAUAGCGCUGGACACGCGAUCCGCAUACGAGUUACCGUUAGACGAAGGCAUGACUGCGAGUUCGACAUGUAGCUCGAGGGACUUCCUAGAUAUCUCCGACCAGAAGACACGGUUCAAAGUUUCCGAAACCACCUCUCAUCAAUACCAUCCCGACACAGACGACGAAGAGGACAGUACAGAUGACGAAGAAAUCGAAGUAGUCAGUGAAGCGAACGAGACAGACAACGACGAAGAAGAUAUUGAUCCGAAUCACCAGCUUCUCGGAAUGACCUUUGAGGAGUUGGCUCAAUCUUUUGGUAUAAGUGAGACGCUGUUGUCUUCCAUUCGACCCGGAACAUUGCGCAGCCCUAACAGAGCGCCGUAUCGCCUGAUUGAUGACCUGAGGCCUAUCGCAGAACAUAUGGGUGGCCCGUUCUUAAUCUUCACCAAAGAGGACAUAUUCCUCAUCCAAGGCCUUUCCGCAACAUCACUCAAUGUGCCUCUCGAUCCCAUCGUCGCGAUAAGACGACCGCUACAUCCAGGCCGAUGGGUAGACUCCCUCAUGUCUUGCGACCGACACUGCUUCUUCUCCCAGAUACCCGAGCUGGGCAUCUUCAUAGUCGGAUCUCCGGCCGGUCGUGUCGGCGUCUUCAGUCUGUACUAUACUAGAGACAAGAACACUGGGGAGCCGCGGCAUGUUUGA